GUCAAAAUGAUACAACAUCCAAGCCAACGAAUAAUGCAAAUACCGGCGCCAUGGGUCAACCUAUGGCGGGUCCCGGUCAACCGUUGAUGGCACCCGGUCAACCAGUGAAUAAAUCUGGUCAACCAGUGAAUAUAUCUGGUCAACCGAUGAUGGCAACCGGUCAACCAAUGAAUGUAUCCGGUCAACCAGUGAAUACAUCUGGUCAACCGAUGACGGCAACCGGUCAACCGAUGAUGACACCCGGUCCACCAAUAAAUGCAUCCGGUCAACCAGUGAAUACAUCUGGUCAACCAAUGAUGGCAACCGGUCAACCGAUGAAUGCAUAUGGUCAACCGUUGAUGGCGCCCGGUCAACCAAUCAAUGCAUCGGGUCAACCGAUGAUGACACCCGGUCAGCCGAUAUUAGCACCCGGUCAAUAUGGAUACAACCUUAACCAGAGUCAGUUUCCCUACGUGGUAAACCAGCAACCCGGUAUGCCGAGGGAAAUGCAACUGAUGCCACCGCCAUCGGCUGUUCCCGGUUGUCCUCCUGGCCUGGAAUACUUGGUCCAGUUAGACCAACUACUUGUUCAUCAGCAGAUCGAACUUGCGGAAGGUGAGUCCCAG